CAAGCAGGCAGGAAUUCGGUUUGUGAAAUUUUAGGGUCGGAUACUGGCCACUCGCAGGAAGGGAGGAUAGGGACUAGGGAGGAUUUACCGGUGACCUGAGUCGGAGAAGCAGUCGACUCCGGUUACGUAAAUUUUGCAGCAGAUGGCUAGUGAGAUAAACAAUGAGGAGACUGUUGUCUCAGAUCCUCAGCCGUCGAUCGAGCGAUGUGAGGCACAGGACGGGAAGACCACUGACGUGCUCGAGAAGGGAUUAAUGGAACACGGGUGCUCGCACUAUCGACGAAGGUGUAGCGUUAGAGCCCCUUGUUGCAAUGAGGUGUUUAGUUGUCGUCAUUGUCAUAAUGAAGCGAAGAACGACAUCAAAGUCGAUCAGAAACUGAGGCAUGACAUGCCACGGCAUGAAGUUAGACAGGUGGUGUGCUCGCUUUGUGCCACAGAGCAGGAGGUUCAACAAGUUUGCAGGAAUUGUGGUGUGUGCAUGGGGAAGUACUAUUGCGAAACCUGCAAGUUCUUUGAUGAUGAUAUAUCAAGAGGGCAAUUUCAUUGUGAUGCCUGUGGGAUAUGCAGGUAUGCUUUCUUUUUUCUCUGCAAUCUUCACUAAACUAGUGGAGGCAGAACAACUUUGAUUUUAGCCGACAUCUCAAGUGUAGUUUAUGGUGUGGAUCGCCCUUGAAAUUAAGGGUUACAAUCUGGGUAUGGAGUCUGGACCUGGUUACACUGCAAGUAACUUGUUUGGUAGUAGGAACACUGUGUGCUCUCUGUUUCACAGGUAGUAAUGCCAAUGGCUGAUUGCCAGUUGUCAUGGCUUUAACGCCCAUGCUAGAUUCUCUAGCCAGAAUGAAAGACUCAAUCCUAUAAAUCUCCAGGAUCCCAGCAGCAAGGCUUUGUUUAAUCACAGUUCAUAAUAUUCGCCAUUUCCAUGCCCUCCCAUAGUUCUACUAUCAGGUCAUCUGGAUGGGUGCACCAUAAUGCAACUAAACAAAUCCGUCAUUUUUGUUGUUGACGCUUUAGACAAUCUCAAAUAUAUUGGGGUAGGGUGCUUAUGGGAAAAGUAGGCCUCACAUGCUUAUUUUUCACUUCACAACACAAUUUCCUAACAAAUGCACUGAAUGAAACUGUAUGUGUUUGCUUAUAUAUCUUACAUAAUAGCAUACAAAAUAAGUAACAUAAGAUAAGCCGAGCCAAACAAUGUUGUUUGUGUGUGCUCACUCAUUGUUUGUGAUGUGCUUUCUCAAUGCUACAUUCUUACUUGCUCUCAAAUUGGGAAUGUUCUGGCAGAAUUGGAGGACGUGAAAACUUUUUCCACUGCAAAAACUGUGGCUCCUGCUACCCUAUCUCUAUUAAGAAAAGUCACACCUGUGUGGAGGGCUCAAUGCGUCAUGAUUGCCCUGUGUGCUUUGAGUACCUAUUCGAGUCUAGACGGGUUACAACUGUACUACCCUGUGGGCACACCAUUCACCAAGGCUGCUUGAGCGAGAUGCUGCAACAUAAUCAGUAUGCUUGCCCGCUAUGUUCAAAGUCGGUAUGUGACAUGUCAGCGACGUGGGAGGCACUCGACGUUGAAAUUGCCGCUACCCCAAUGCCAGAACCAUACAGGGGCAAAAUGGUUUGGAUACUCUGCAACGAUUGCAGCAAAACCUCACAAGUACAGUUCCAUAUCGUUGGUCAUAAGUGCUCCCAUUGCAAGUCCUACAACACUCGCCAAACAAAAAACUGAAAGAAGUGAAAGCUGGCUGGUGAUAUAUCUUCCUUCCUGCAGUAAUUUCACCGGACCCGAGCCAUGAUCUCGCUAGAAGGAGAGGGAGCUCCAUUUGCAUUCCGACAGGUCUUCUGUUUGUUGUUUUUCUCUACUCUGUUGUUGACGACAAAAAGUGGUUCGUGUAUUCAUAUAGAUAUUGUUGUCUUGUCCCUACGAGGGAGGCCUCAAUGUUAUGAACUUAUGAUUGCAAAUUGUAUAUGGUUGCAAGUGUAAUGUUGUGGCAGUUGUAGUUCAUAUCUAGAUUCUAGGGUGGCUUUUUUUAGUAUA